UUAAGUAGCACCUCAGUCCGGGUUAGGGUUCCAGCUAUCUGUACCCGACCCGCUCCAUUCGCAACUGAAAGUCUGAAACCCAUUUAAACAAAGCAUUUCAAAGAAGAUGAACGCGGGCGCGCGGGAGAGUGAGCUACUUUCUGUUCGCUUCCCAAGAGUUUUCUUCAAUGGAGUUUGCUUCGGUUCAUGCAAUCUGUCUGCAUGUGAGUUUCUUCAAACUUUUAUUUCUUCUGCGAUUCAAAGAUGCCGCUUAUCCGGAGAGCUAUGCAGACUCUCGGUUAUUCUCAAGUGCUCUCCAUCAUCCGAUCCUCUCGUUCUUCUAAUUUCAAUUUCAGAUACCGGCGUCGGAAGCUGCCUGGAGGAGUUUCGGGACUUGAAGUUUUCAAGGGAAGGCAUCGGAGCCGAAAAGUGGGUUGGAGUGCUUUCUGUCAGAACUACUAGCAUAUGUGAUAAUGAGGUAUAUCAUUACCAGUUAGAUCUAAAAGAGAGUGCUUCUGCCAGAAGGCUGACCAGGCUACCUUCAAACCCCAAGAAUGGUGUGAAAUUCAGUGGGACUGAAGUGUUUUUCUCCAUCUUCGAAAGUGUUGAGGUUUUACUGCCAGAGAUCAAUGCCUUCUUUCAAAAGAUGCUUGUGCUAAAGAUUCCUAAUGUUGCCUAUGAAGUGGUUGUUGAGCGUGAAGAUGCUUCUGGAUCACGAUGUGAAAUUUUUUUUUUAGCGAAAGAGCCCUAUCCACCACCUUUUUCAGCCUCAAAUCUUGAACGUUUGAAGUCAGGUCUUGAAGAUUAUGUUUUAAAGCAUGGAAAUAACUCAAAUGAAAAGUGUGGCUCUUGUUUUCCAAGUUUGGAGCAUCAUCUCAAGGUUGGGAGUGGAAUAUCAUGCUGCACAGAAGGCCAUAGGAAUGCUGGACGGACAAUGGAAGCCAUUAUUGUGAUAAGUGAAAUAUCAGAGCCUACCAGUUUUUGCUUCAGAACAUGUGGUGCUAAAAGUGAGAAAGUUACCUGCUACGUGUAUUUGUUAAAUGUUGCUCCUUUGGCCUCACCUGUUAUAGCUGAGGUUUUUAACUUUAAAGACUUCUUACCUUCUUCAAUCUCCCCGUCAUCUAUGAAGGCAUUGACUAGCAUUGACUGGAGAAGUUAUGGGUUGACUUUGGCAAGUAUUGUCAAUCAAGGUGGCCGUGCAUUGCUGGAAUGGGAAGGGUUGCCACCGUAUGCUCAUAUUGAUAUUGUCCUCCACUGUUACCAUGAGCAGGUCAUGAUACCAUCAGUGGGGCAGAGGACUCAACUUGAUCGAAAUCUUAUAAAAAGAGCAGUGAAACUUGCAUUGGAUGAUUUGAAGGAGAAGCAUGCAGGAGUUCUUCUAAGUGCCCAUGCCCUCAAGAUUCGCAGUUAUGCUCCUGAUCUUGCAAAAACAAUGACUGGCCUAAUCUUGUCCUCCAACGACUCAGGCUUCCAGGAAGAAUGCUUUUCUCUUCUUGGCUUGCAGUUUCAGGGAGUUGGAGGUGAAAUUGUUGAAGAUUGUAUCAAGGAAAAGGUUGUCUCAGUUAUAGAGAUGAACGAUAGAAAGUCACACCAGAGAAGUGAAGAGGUUGCUCCUUUUCCUUUUAGAGAUGACUGCCUCGAGGAGCUAGAGUUCCAAGAAGAGGAAUAUGAAGAAGGCGAGGAUGCCUUCAGUCCCUUGGAUAUAUAGAUAAUAGACGUAUCUUGUGCAUUAUGCCUUCGGCCAACCCGAGAUAACCGGAAAGUUCUACAAAUAUGAACGUCUUUGUCGAUUGAAGAUGCCACUGUCAGCCCCGAAUAAAGCAAGUUCCACUCGUGGUUUCUGCUAAUUACAACACCAAGGUAUAAUUUCCAACCUCAAAUACCUGUGGAUUUGGUGUUCUCGCCCGUUUGUGGCUGUAUUUUAGCCAACUGGACCAACUGAUGUAGAAACCCAGAAUGCUCUCAACUUGGUAUUGGAAAGUCCAGCCUGGCUAUGACCUGUAACUCGGCAAUUGGCAAUAUCUACGGUGGGCAUGGAUGAUCCACAUAUUACUCUUGUCCAUUCCCUCUCAAUAGUUAAAAUAUGUCAAAUACAUGGUGGUUGUGCCUUGCCUGUCCUCCAUCAAAUUUCUUGAACAUACACAUGGACCAUGACAAUGUGACCUUUGAGUUGAUUUUUACCAGUUUGAUGUGGAAUAGAGGUGGCUAAUUGGCCAAAGGGUCUCGGGUUUA